AUUAUGAUGAAGUUUUGUUGUUUGAUUGUAAUCACCCUCUGCACCAUCUGUGUGUCUAAUGGCGGCAUACUAACUGAACAAUGUCUGGCUUUAAAUGGUGUAUGUGGACGGAAAGGCUUAACCUGUGAACAAAUAUUUGGACUCGGAUGGAUUGAAAAGGGCAUAUGCUGCAAUAAAAAACCAUGCUGCGGAGAGGAAUCCAAAGUUAUACCGGACAUAAAUCAUAGCUGUGGAUUUGAGACAACUGAACAAUGUUUUUUUAGACAAUCAAGUCUGGAUGACUUUGAUUGGACUCGAGGAUCUGCAGGGACCCCUUCCGAUGACACUGGUCCUGGAUCAGCAGCCGAAGGGACAUACUACAUGUACGUAGAGGCAUCUAAUAAUUCCCCUUCUACAAGAGCUGUACUCACAACGGAAGCUACUGACUUACAAGCCUGUCCUUGGUGUCUGACAUUCCAGUACCAUAUGAAAGGAUCAGCUACAGGAACUUUGGAAGUAUCUGCUGGGGAUAAAACAUCUUCUUUGACUAGCAUAUGGACAAAAACAGGAGAGCAACCUAAUCCUGAGUCUUGGAAAACUGCUACCAUAGAUAUCCCACUAUAUAAUAAUCUCGGUAUCACCAUAAAAGCUUCUGUAAAGGAUUGGUAUACGAGUGACAUUGCUAUUGAUGAUAUAAAUCUCAAAUCUGGUACAUGUACUAAUGCUUGAGAUUGAACAGAAAACAGAAAAAAAAACGAUUACAUUGAUUGUAGGAUAUUCGUUGUUGCUUGUUCAUUAUAAUGAUCAUGUGAUAUUAAAUAACCAGUACCUAAGGUGGUAUGGGAGUCUAAAAUAAAAAUGAUAGAAUUUGUUCAUACUUUGCCAAAACGUAGUAUCUAUUGAUAUAUGUUGAAAAAUAUAAUACAAAUUAUAGGUCACCGCGCAUUUUCUCAAGCUACAGGAUGUGACAAAAUGACAUAUUUUGUAUGGAUUAUACCGGAAAAAACACCAUUUUGUGAUUAGAAACUAAACAAAAUGAUAGAAUUGUUAAAUACUAAAGAAAAGAUAGCUUUCAGACAAUGCUUUAAGCAUAUCAAAAGAAAAGAAAGGGUCAAAGUACAUGUUUUCUGGCUAAAAUACAAAAUAGGAAAAUUCCAUGUAGAAUCUUUCAGCAAAUGCACUGUUUUAGAGUUACUUCCCCUUAAAAUGCCAAUUCAAUUUAUUUUUUGAACAAACAAAAAUAAUUGACCUUAGCAAAAAUAUUAAUAUUUAUAAGUUAUAUUCUUAUAAAUUGGUUCUUUUGAAUGAACAUUCACAUUAAAUAUCUGCAUUUCUGCAUCAAAUUUUGCAAGCUUGAUAGAAAAUAUGGACCUUUGGUUCUCUGAUUUUUACAAUCCAAGAUGGAGGAAGACACCCAUACUACCUUAAUGAUGACCGUGUGAUGAUAAAAGUUACUUCUUUAUUAUAAUGAUCAAAUUAUACAACGAUGAAAAAAUGAAUA